UCGGAAAGGUAGAGCAUACCACCAGCUUCUUGCGUGCACACUGUUCAGGCAAUGUUGCGAGCUGCCGUCCGCUCGAAUCGAGACUCAGUAUGCCAGUGACAGUGCUCGAGAGAGGCCGCCCAAGCAAUCAGCAAGCAAGCUAGCAAAGCACGCAUUCCUCCACUACAAUCCCCACGCCCAGCCCGAAACUUUGCUGACUUUGGUUGGAAACCGCAGCAGAGACCUUCAGCCAGCCAGCCAGAGAACUGGUUAAGCGCAACCCCACCAGUAAGAAACGAGAUCAGUGCGCGCGCGUACGGGAGUGUGUUUGUGUGUGUUGUGCGCGCAUGUGUCUGUGAGUGCACGACUAACGCGAUCAAACUUGUUCCGUUGACACUGUUGUCAGAGACUGCAACGUUACCAAAGCACCAAACCCUAGGAGGGCAUCCUGGGUAUGAGUAGCAGGAUGCCUGCAUUCCGUCGGCAGCCGACGUUGUGUGGUUGACAGCGUACAGCAACAGUCCGUUUGACUAGCCAAAGCGGUGUACAGGUCACCCAGUUCAUAGACGUUGCGUGAUACGGUGUUAUCGCUACUGACUAUCUAUCUGGCUUGCUGUCAAGUCCUAAUCUGUGUUUAUAUCGAGUGGUAUUAAAGGUAAUGUCAAGAAGUGAAUGCGGUUAACAAGUACAGGGGUUGCAGGUGAUUUUAUGUAUCGCAUGGUGCUAGGCAUCCAGUGGAAUCGAAUCAGAAAGUAGAUCUGCAGAGAAAACGAGAGAAAGAAAAAAGGUAGAGGGGUAGCGGUUUAGUGCUGCUGCUUCCCCAACAAUAAGGUAAGAAUCAUCGUCAUCGCUAGCAUACUGGAGCGAAAGCGUUCGAGAGCUUCGCUUCGGUUCAGUAUAUCUGCAAUCAACCACCAUCACUCACCAAUAAGUCAGCGUCAGCCUAAAAACCAAGGGACAACUGGAAGGUAGAGAAGGAGUUCCGGGUCUACAGCCGCCCUUCUUUCCCCUACCUUCCACAGCACCACCCUUGUCGAUAUCCUCGAGUAAGCAACUGCUAACUGAUAGUUGUCCGAUACAAGCUGAUUGCUUGCCAACCUGAGUGACACAGAGUGUGCUGAUUAAGCUCUGAGCAGCCAACCCGAUUAGCUGACAAAAAGCAAUCGCGACGGAAAAGACUGGGAGGGUGCCGGUUUCUUCAAAGAGAGAUACUCCAUUGGCUCAAUUUACUCACGCUGGGAAAGUAAUCAAACCAAAGCGUAACCAUGCUUCCGCUAAAGCAUGGAGCGAUAACACGAAUACUCAUAUUGCUAACACUGAUGGCCAUAUGCUGUAAUAGUCUAGCAUUGGCAGCUGACAACAAUCAACGAGUCGUAUGCUACUACACUAACUGGUCUGUCUAUCGACCAGGGACGGCCAAAUUUACGCCGCAAAACAUCAACCCGUACCUGUGCACCCAUCUGAUCUACUCGUUCGGCGGCUUCACCAAGGAGAACACGCUCAAGCCGUACGAUAAGUACCAGGACAUUGAGCAAGGUGGUUUCGCCAAGUUCACUGGGCUGAAGACGUAUAACAAGAAUCUGAAGACGUUGCUAGCUAUCGGUGGGUGGAACGAGGGCUCGUCCCGUUUUUCGCCCCUAGUUGCUGAUGCCGAGCGCCGCAGCCAGUUCGUCCGGAAUGCGAUCAAGUUCCUGCGCCAGAAUCACUUCGACGGGCUGGACCUCGACUGGGAGUAUCCAGCGUUUCGGGACGGAUCGAAGCCGAAGGAUCGCGAAAACUAUGCCCAGCUCGUGCAGGAGCUGCGCGAAGAGUUCGAGCGCGAAUCAUCCAAGACCGGAAGGCCGCGGUUGCUAUUGACGAUGGCCGUACCGGCCGGUACAGAAUACGUCGAGAAGGGCUACGAUGUGCCAAAGCUGAACAAGUAUCUAGAUUGGUUUAACCUGCUCACCUACGACUACCACAGCGCAUACGAACCGGCCGUCAAUCACCAUUCGCCACUGUUCUCGCUGGAGGAAGCUUCCGAGUACAAUUUUGAUUCGGAGCUCAACAUUGAUUACAGCAUCAAGUUCUACUUAAACGCCGGAGCUGACCGCGAGAAGCUGGUGCUGGGUAUACCGACGUAUGGACGAUCCUACACGCUCUAUAAUCCGGACGCCACCGAUAUCGGCGCACCGGCCGACGGACCUGGUGAACAGGGCGAUGCGACGCGCGAAAAGGGCUACCUCGCUUACUACGAGAUCUGCAGCAACCUGAAAGAGCAGAGUGAUUGGACGGUGGUGCAACCGAACCCGAAGGCGAUGGGCCCGUAUGCGUACAAUGGCAACCAGUGGGUCGGGUACGACGAUGAAGCGAUCGCACGGCGUAAAGCGAAAUACGUUGCUGAGAACAAGCUCGGUGGCAUCAUGUUCUGGUCUAUCGAUAACGAUGAUUUCCGGGGCACGUGCCACGGCAAGCCCUAUCCGAUCAUCGAAGCAGCCAAGGAAGCACUGCUCGCCAGUACCGACGUUGGUGUAAAUGAUAUUGUACCGGCAAGUCGUCCCCGUAAGCCGAGCCGAUCGAGAAGUCGGCCCGGUUCGACAUCACGCAACCGCGUCAACACCGACAACAACAACGAAAUAAAAGCAUCGUUCAAGACGUCCCAAGGUCGCAAGGUGGCUCGACCGAGCCGCAUCCAGCACACCAGCACGGCGACUACGACCACGACCGACGACUCGCUGUAUAUUGGCGGAAGAACCACAACCCCACAGCCACCGACCACUCCUGAUCCAGGAGCUGAUUUCAAAUGUGCGGACGAAGGGUUCUUUCCGCAUCCGCGUGACUGCAAGAAGUACUUCUGGUGUCUCGACAGCCCAAGCCUUGGUCUCGUGGCGCAUCAGUUCACCUGCCCGUCCGGUCUGGUGUUUAACAAGCUGGCCGACUCGUGCGACUACGCGCGUAAUGUGAUUUGCGAGAAGCAGACGCCGUCGACGAUGACUACGACCACCAGCACCACGACCACUACCACGCAGGUGCCAACAGCUAUCUCAUCCACGACAAACCGGGUGCGUAUUACGGCCGCUAUUAGCCGGAACACGUACUUCAACCGAGGUACGACAACGACAACGACGUCGACGACCACGGCCACCCCAAACUUCCUCGAUGGGGAAGAGGAGGAGGAGGAGGAGGAGGAGGAGGAGGAGGAGGAGGAGGAGGAGGUGCAGAAGGAAGGAGGGUACAGGGAACCAGAGGAGGACCCGAAGGUUAUCAAGGAGCUGAUCGCGCUGAUCAAGAAGGUCGGCGGUAUCGAGGAGCUCGAGAAGCAGCUGCAGGCCCAGGAGGACGGUUCGAUCGUGCUGAAGGAAGGGGAAGCAACCGAUCCUAUUUCUACCACACCAUCGACCACGAUCAGCAAGUCUCUGUACGAGCGCGUAUUGAGCCGAACUGCCGGUACGGUUGGCCAAAAAUUUCGGCCCGCUAUCAUCACGUCUUCAGCGCAGAAGGAGCGACCGGGAGCAAGCACAUCGCCCGAGAAUAAGUACUCCUCGGUCGUACGGUCCACCAGCAGCAGCAACUCGUACAGCAACAGCCGGGCUCGGCCACAGAACGAGGGUUUAGAUCAGCUGCCCGAGUUCGAGGGUGUAUUCCGGGAGAAGCCGAAGUACGUUACGCUGAACCGCGUGCGCCCAACCAAGAAAACCUCGAUCGAAGACCGGUACGACGAGCACGGUUCCGACAACGAUGCUGUCGACGACGAGGAAGGUGAGGGUGACGAGAUCUCAGAAGAAGAGAACCAACCGUCGACGUUCGCUGCGAAACGACCGAUGACGACGACGACGGGCCCGAAGUACGUGAGCAUUCGGCGGCAGCGCCCAACGGCAUCAACGACGGGUAUCGCCGAGCAGGAGGAACCGGAACAGGAGAUCAACGAAGGAGUACGAGGAAAAGAGGGUUCAGUGCCUUACAGCAAGGGGAAUCGCAAUCGCUUCCCGCAAACGGCAGAACCAACGGUGAAUGUCGCCGAAAUCAAUGCAACGGAGCGCACCAUUCCGAACCGCUACAACACCAUCGAUCGUAGACGAACACCGAACCUCCAGAACAUAGGCAGUCGCUUCCAGGAGGUCGAACGAGAUGAUGUAGGCACCGAUUCUUCUCUUUUGGACCGAGGUAGAACGUCUACGACCACGGUGAAGCCGACCACAUUAUACCACGUGUUCUCGAUCGACAAGGAGAACGCCGAGUCGGUACCGUCAUCGACGGAGAUCUACCGCACCGAGGAGCAGGAGAUCGAGCUGCCGGCCGCGAACCGGACUGACAAACUGGUCCAGAUCCAUCGCGUUGUCGAGAUUUACACCAAGAACGCUAGCAAUCCGGACGACCUGCCGGUCAUGCAGAAGCUCGGCGAGAUCAAUCGCAAGAUCAUCAUACGGUUGGUCGAGCCGAAUCAGGCCACCAACAGGAGCAGCAGUAGUAGCAGUAGCACAACGACCACUACUACCACUAAUACACACAACCAGAACCAGCAGCUGCUGUACGAAAACGAGACGGUCGCGGUGACGGCGACCGAAAGUUCAAACGAGAGAGAGACGAGGGGACGCAGUAUGGUGUUGUCGUCGAACAGUGUGUUCACGGUGGAGACCUCCACGAUCCCACUCGAAGGGCUGUUCGAUGCGGAGCAGAAGAACAACGGACAAGCCGGUGGGUUCCCCACUACCGAGCUACCGCUGGUUGACCCGGAAACCGUAGCACCACAGCAGGAGAUUGAGCGGAUCUCGAGCGUUAAGUUUGGUACGGCUACCAUAGCAGCAGGAGUUGACAGAAAUACCGCGGAGGAGCUUCCGCUAACGAUAACGCCGCUAGUGGUGGAGAAGGAACGCUACAUCCAGGUAAAUAGCAAUGGAAGGCCGGAAGCGUUCACGACGGUUGCGCACGGUUCGGUACGCACGAUUCGACCAUCAGUACCACCAUCACCACCACCGCACACGACCUUUGAAUACGAUAAUGGUGGCGGUUCGGGCGCGACAACCACUGACACUGCUGACCAGUAUACGACUGAGGUGACGGCGACCCGCACUACCACCCAGGUGACACCGGUGGCUUCCUCGACGCAACGGGAGAUUGUACAUAAGUAUACGCUUCCGGCCGAGUUCUCCUUCCAAGAACCCUCGAGUGAGACAACUACGACCACUACGACCACUACUGUAACAACACCCACUGCUCAGACAGACAAUCCGACCACAACGACGUCGACGACGACGACUACAACGCCGGUGAUAACAACCACACCGGAACAGUUACCGUCGAUGGAGCAGUCGGAAGCAACUGUAGCCGAUCGAGUACGCCCGCUAGUGCUACCAAGCAAGGAGAGCAAGCGCAAAUACGCCAAGCGGCCGACGGAACCGCCACCGAGGGUACCGGACUUUGCUUAUAACCGGGAGGUCGUCUCCGAUGAGCAGCUAGACAGCACUACGGAACUGCUCACGACGGAUGCGCCGCCAGCGACUGUUGCUACCACGCGGUCACCAUCGCGCUACCUAAAUGGCCGCAAGUAUGUUUCGUCACUCUCCCUGCGACCGAACUUUGGUGGGGUAGCAUCAGAGACUCCUAGCGUCGGCUCCUUCCGUAGGUCCAAAGACAUUCCGGUUGGUGUGCCAUUGAAGGGCGUACCUACCUCCACUACGCAAAAUACAUCCACCGCUGCCACCACAGCGACGACGACGAAUACGAUCACGACAACAAUGACGACGACCACUCCUGCACCAAUCACUAAAAUCGACUUUAACAUCAAGUAUGUUUUACCGGCAUCGUUGCCGGUCGACGGCACCAUCGGCGCCCACGUGCUGAAGAUCGAGAGCAAGAACGACAAGUACAGCGUACCGCUGACACCGAUACUGCGACCUGACUUUGUAACGCGUGAGAUUUCUGGCGAACGACAGGAGCGCCAGUUCUCACCAGUCUACCGGCCAGAUCUCGAUAACGACGAACUGACGCGCCAGCUAACCAGCGAUUCGGACCCGGUCGCACUCGAAGCAGCUCAUCUCGAUCGCGAAAUACUGGGUAGUCGUGCAGGUCAGCGUGCCGGUGCGGAUUUGCUGUCCGGCGAGUCCACAGGAGAUAGUAGCGAACGUGGCAGUUUGGCCCGUUCGGCUGCUUUCUUUCUACGCCGCUCGGCUGAGGUGCGGCCUCAGUUUCGGCCGAGCUUGCGUCGUCCAGCAGCCGAUCCUGUAAACUAUGUGCAGACAGCACAAGUAAACGCAGCUGCAAUCACCACAACCGUACGCACCGAGACCACGCGACGAUCUGCAUCGAGCGAAGAGAAAUACUCGGCGACGACCAGCCAGCCACCGACGUCGGCGUCGUCGUUGCUGUCCCGUAGGCGUCGACCGACCGCUCCAUCCUACCUUAGCAAGCUGGCGAACGCAAAUCGGCUCGCCACGGCCACGGUGACGUCAUCGAGUGAGCAGAGCACGAUCGGUGUGGUGACGACCACGACGGCCACCGCUACCACCAUCACCACCACCACUACCACUGGAAGCAAGUUUAACCGCCCGAAGCCCACUGGAGCUAGUAGUUUGCGACGCAAAUAUGGUGGAGGGAUCAGAACCGGUUCCAAUAGCGGUGCAACAUCCACGAACACCGGUGACAGCGUCACGCCUCAGCCAGAUCACAUCGAAUCGAGUACACGAGCAACGAAUACGCUAUUUAAAAGGCGUAAUAAUGCGUCUCCAUUGACACGUACCUUAACUACCACGACUGAGGCUUCCACAGAGUUUAGUACGGGCAGUUCCGUCGACGACAAGUUUUUCGGCAAGAGCAAGUACCGGCCAGCAAGUAUCCUUAGUUCGGUGAAGAUAUCUGCACCGUUGGCAACAGUAUCCGACACUGACCAGCACAUCGAACCGAGCAUUCGCCAAAGCAGCAAGUUGUUCAACAACAACCAUGAUGAGGAGACGAAGGGCAAUCGUUUCCAGCAAAUCGGCGAACCCAACGUCGAAGGAGUGUCGGUAGAGCAAGAGCUGCUCCUCGAUGCGAUAACGACGAUCUCCCGAGCACCGCUCCCUCUGACCAGCACGACAACAACUCGCAAAAAUGUUGAGCCAGCAACAGUGGAACGGACCACCGAGCACCAUGGUGUGAUUCACGUUGAGCAAAAUUUUCCGCGCAAGCCGAACCAGCGUGCCACUACGCACAAGUACAACAUCACCCACCAAUAUCCUUAUCCGCUCGGUUAUACGGAGCCACUCACCAUAUCCACGUCUACCAGACGAUCGCCUCUAUCCUUUGCAGAGAAACUGAUCCACCAGCCACGCAUUGCCACGCACUCGCAAUUUUAUUACCAGCAAGCAGAAUACAAGCACGGUCAGGAUACGGGUUCGCUUCAUUAUUCCAUCCCUGUGGCAACGACCACGAUCCAUCCUCGACAAAACACGCUCUCAGCGGUGUCGCGAAAAACCAAACAGCCAGCAACGGUUGUGUACAACGGGCCUUACGAAAGUGGGCGCAAACAUCAUGAUGAUAUCACCAGUCGCACUCGUACAACGCCAAUUGACUACGAUUACUAUGAUGAUGAUAACACGCGGGUUAUCGGGAAAUCCACUUCUCAAGUGAAGGUUAUCAUGCAUGGACCAGGUAUUAUCGAGUGCCUCGAUCAGGGCAACUUUCCCCAUCCGAUGUCGUGUAAAAAAUUCAUCUCGUGUGCCAAAAUGGAGAUCGGUGGAGUAAUAGGUUGGGAGUACAUUUGCCCCAAAGGUCUCAGCUACGAUCCCGUCGGCGGCAUCUGCAACUGGUCUGCCGGGCUCGGUUGUAAGGAAUGAGGAAGGUAGGAAGGCUCUGAAGAGUUUGACUACCUGAUUUUGUGUAACAACUGCGGCUUCAACUCAAAGGCACAGUCUAUCUCUUUUGUUCUUUUCAUCUUUCUCUCGCCCUCCUCUUUCUCAAUCUAUGGGAGGGGGCUUAGAACUAGAUUUAAAAAACAUUUCAAUGGUUUCAUUACUGCCUAAUGCGACUACAUUUCUACCGCCUUUAACUAUUGUCGUUUAUAAACUGUUCAAGUACUGUGCUUCAAAUUUUAUCUGUUGUUUGUGUACUUGUUGUGUUCCGUAUUAUGUGUUCACAAUAGAAACUAAGCAAUAUCUUAACCACGCAAACCGGUAUUGUCUUUUUCUGAAUACCUAGUAUUGUCUUCUGCUGAAUACUGAAUAAAACUAUUCUUACGAA